AUGACUGUCGAACACUUGGUGCUCCUGUAUGGAGCCGAGUCAUGGACUCUCACCAAGUCACUGAAACAGAAACUGGACUCCUUCGAUUCACAGUGCCUUAGAAACAUCGAGGGCAUCCGCUGGCAGGACCAUGUCACCAACGAAGUAGUACGCCACACAACAAACCAGAUCCCGGUCAGCCAGAAGAUCACCAAGUACCAGCUUAACCUUCUGGGACACAUCUCCAGAGCAACACCGACCCAGCAAGUGAUCAAAUUGAUCACCUCAGUUCCAGAUUCAACUUGGAGGCGCCCCAGAGGCCGUCCUAGGAGCAGAUGGGAGGACCAAGUCUUCAAUGUGCUGGACACCACAGGGGUCAGCAGAUCUGACUGGAGAACUCUGGCUGAAAACAGAACAUCUUGGAGGGACAUGUCUACAGCCGCUAUGCAUCUUCCCUGA